GGUGGGGGCUCCGUGGGGAGGGCUGCGCUGGUCGUUGUUGCGGCGGUGUGUUUGGAGUGCUCGGUGUGUUUAACGCUUGCCUUAAGCAAAAAGUGCCUGGUCAGUUAAAGCAGAUCUCGGAGCAAUGCUCUCGUGCACGUUUCUAGUCCCAUCUAUAAGGAGUGGGAACAAAUGGGAUGUUUAUGUGCAUUCCUGCUUCAUUGUGGAGAUAAAAGAAAUGUUUGUAGAGAGCGAGCAAAACUCCUAUGGAAGGAUGUGAAAUCUAUCAGACUAGAACUUGUUCCCACUUCAGUUCUGGGGUUGUUUUGUUUCAUGGUGCUGGUCCUGCUGGGGGGAGGUGUGCUGUGUUCAUGCACAACAGGUAUUCUGAAGUAGCGCCGUUGCUCUGGAAGAAGAACCUUCACCACGUUCCGAAAUACCAAGCUGAUUCCCAUGGAGACGUCCUCAUCCUCUGACGACAGCUGCGACAGUUUUGGUUCUGACAACUUUGCUAACACGAAACGCAAGUUGAGGUCACAUGUUAGAGAAGAACUGGCCAGAAUCUUUUGCGAAUCCUCUGAUGAUGAAUCCUUCCGUGGCUUUUCAGAAAAGCAAAUUGGUGGUGCUUUGAAACUGGAAUCUGAUUCAGAGGAAAAUGGUGUCAGAGAGGCACCUCUCAGACUGAGGAAAUGCACUGUUCCUCUCAAAGUUGCCAUGAAGUUUCCACCUCGAAGAUCAGAAAGGAAGAAGGCUGAAGUGGAAUCUCUUCCUGAAGAUGUGAUGCCUGCUCCAGAUUCAGAUUCUGAUUCUGAAGAAAAGGGCUCCCUGUUUUUAGAAAAGAGAGCUUUAAACAUCAAGGAAAACAAAGCAAUGCUUGCAAAACUGAUGGCUGAGUUGCAAAGUGUUUCUGGUAUCUUCGAUGGGAGAAGAUCGCUGGCAACUGCCAAUAAUACACCAAAACGAAUUCCAAGGCGCUCACUUCCCAGAAGUGCAUUGAGGAGGAACCCAGACCGAAGUUCUCGGCCUCACACAAGAUCCAGGUCCCUGAUUGAAGGCCCUCCUACUCCUUUACCAGAGGAGGAAGAUGAUGACCGGUACCUCCUAGUGAGAAGGAGAAGGAUGGCUGAUGAAGACAUGGAGCAUGAUGCCCAAACUCCCAGGAGAGGUCACCGUGGUGCCAUGGCUCUUCCACACAUUGUGCGACCUGUUGAGGAGAUAACGGAGGAAGAGUUGAAUAACAUCUGUGGAUCUGUGAGAGAGAAAGUGUAUAACAGAAGCUUGGGAUCUACCUGUCAUCAAUGUCGCCAGAAAACCACAGACACCAAGACCAAUUGUCGUAACCCUGAUUGCGUAGGGGUACGGGGCCAGUUCUGUGGACCGUGCCUCCGUAAUAGGUACGGGGAAGAUGUCAGAACAGCAUUGCUGGAUCCAACCUGGAGGUGUCCACCAUGCCGUGGAAUAUGCAACUGUAGCUUCUGCAGACAGAGAGAUGGCAGAUGUGCGACGGGUGUCCUGGUCUAUCUGGCCAAGUACCAUGGCUAUGAUAACGUCCAUGCCUACUUGAAAGGUCUGAAAAAAGAACUUGGAAUGGAAGAUUGAAGCUAUGACUGUCUUUGACUUGCCUGCUCUUUCACCAAUGCCAUGUUACUGCCUACAGUGAAUUGUUUAAUCAAAUGAGACUACAAAGCCAGUGCCUGGGUUCCCUCCCCUUCUAGGUUUCAAAAACAGAAGGAAAUCAUAUUGCUGUGCAGAUCCUACUUUAAGAAACUGUUUAAUAGAGAGCUUUGCCCACAGGCCAUUGUUUUCUUUUUAAACAACUUAUGUAAAACAAAGAAUGAGAUAGCAUCAGUCCCUGCUUUUAUGCCAACAGCUUUUUUUUUUUUUUUAUCCUGAAAGGAGAUGGGGCUUUAAGCCAUUGGAGUUCUGUUCGUGCAUUGAUCUGUACUGCAGGUUUAUUUGUGCUUUGAAAUUGGUGACAAAAAGAUAAGGAUGUUCUGAACAUUGAGGGCAUUGUUCCCCACAGAACCAACUGGGGAAAGGUGUGUGCUUAACUCCUGGCCAACUUCUGCUGCAAUAGGCUUUUACUGAACAUAAAUGAUCGAACAGAAGCUAACAAUCCUCCAAAACAGCAAUUCAUUUAUGAGUUCUAAAAGGAAGGCCUCAAGGUUGCAGUUGAGUUGUCUCCAAGCAUUAACAUUUAAGUUUAUAGAGUACUUGAAGUGCACAUUGGGCAUUUUGGAGGAGAUUCUCUUCUGAGUGAUUUAAAUUGCAGCAGAAGCAAUUAAGGGGGUAGGCUCUUGUGCUCUGUGUGUCCUCAGACAAGAGGAGGCCACUGCUGUAAGCUCCUACAGCCCCAGAACUGCUGUUGGGUAGUGGUUACUGAUCUGAGAAUGUGGGUACGCUUCAUGGGGUGACCUCUAUUAAACUUAUGUUGUUUUGGGGUUUUCUUGGUUGUCCUUUCCCUUCUCUUGCAGCCAAUUGCAGUAAUUUUUCCAUUAAGCCUGAGGCUUAACCAGGUAGAGGAGUAGUUGAUGUAGCCAUUGGCCAGCAGCAAGUUGGCUGAAUGGUGUUGACUUGCUGAACACUAUCAGGAGAAGGGUCAGUGGCAAGUAGUCACUCAAUUUUCUUUUCCCAAUGAGCAAAAAUAGAAAGCUCAGGUUUUCUAAUCUAAGUUCGAGGUUAAAAUGAAUUAUUCCUUGGCUUGCGUGGAGAAGCACAAACAUGGAAAAUGUUCUCAAGAGACACGCCCUGGCUGCGGUAUUAGAUGAGGAGGAGCAAUUGAUUGAGAAAGGCUUUUAAAAAUGAAUAGAAAAGGAGUUGUGUGCAGUUGUGGCUGGUGCUGUGGUCUCUUCUUUAACAAUCCAUCCAUACUUAUAUUUAUUUCUGGCUCUGUGUGACUGUAGAAGGAUAUUUCGCAUGAUGUUAGUGGAGCAUGAAUACAGCAAGAACUGAACUGAAGAAUAGUUGGUGUUGUGUGCACAGCACCUUCUAAAUGCUGUAGAAUAGAAGGUGCCAUGAAAACUGUUUGGAGAACCACAGUGAAUGCACGCUCUUAGUUUGAUAAUGGAAGACUGCAAUGUACAGUUGAGUAGUAAAAAGAGUCAGCUUGGAUUUGUUGAGCACUAGAACAAAAUGCAGCUUCUGAUCCUUCUGCCUGCACAGUAUUUGCGCUCUGUAUAUAAUGACCCGUGUUUUAUACUUUCCUGGGGAUUAGAACAGAGGACCUUGGAAACAGAAUAUGUUUGUCUCAGACUUGCAGAUAUGGUUCAUAAAUCACCUGUACUGUUGAGAAUCUCCCAUCCCCUGCUUCCAUAGUGUGACUAGAUGUGCAAUCUUAGGCGGAGUACGCCUUAUUCUCCAUGUUCAUCCCCUGAAGAGGGAACUCUAAAAGUCCAUGUUCUGACAGAUAAGAGUGAUUUUUUUUAUUUUUUUUUUUGUUUUCUAAUUGCUCUGCUUGCCUUCUGAUUGCUGGAGUGUGGAAGAUCUGUGCUGAAAGCAAAUCCUCGCUCUGUAUCCUGGAGACUGCUGUAUUUAGAUUUCUUCCCAUCGACAAUUCUGUACGAAGGUUUUUAUUUUAAAAAUAAAACUCUUUCUCAGUUAGAA